AUGGCAUUCAUCGUAAAUUCGUGGGAUACUCCAAGUAUUCAUGGUUUGUUGUGUUUGUUCAACAGCUUCGGCAUCGACACUGAAGAUGCAUAUCAGUACACCGGGAAACAUUUAUAUUCAUCGGAAAAUGUUGGCGUCCAAGCGCUCUCGACUCCGUCUACAAUCACGCCCAAGACAUGCGGCGUUUGCUCUGGAAACUUAACAAGCCAAGCCAUAUUCACGGCCGUGUGCUCCCACUCGUUCCACUUCGGCUGCGUUUUCGCUAAUACUACCGGUCCUCUUCAAGUUUGCCCUCUCUGCCGAACCAAAUGGAAUCAUCUUCCUUUCCCUACGCCCGUUUCCAAUGCUCCCGAUAACAUUUUCAACGUUCCGUUUCCCAAUCGCCCUUAUCGAUCCCCGUUGUCCACUGAAGACUCUCCCUCAUCCUUCGAACCCGAGCCCCUUCAAUUCUCCGACGACGACCCCCUUCUAGAAGCUUCUCCUUCUUCAACAACCGUCGUUGGCUUACAGAAAGUGACCGUCAAAGCCAUACCCGAGCGCCGUGCUAUUUCCGCUUCGGAAUCCGUAUCUCUAUUCACUGUCCUCCUCAAACUAAAGGCACCACCUUUAUCAUCCGAAGCCCGUUCCUCUCAGCGGGCCCCGAUCGACCUUGUCACGGUUCUUGAUGUCAGCGGCAGCAUGUAUGGGAAAAAGCUGAACCUCCUAAAGCGGGCCGUACAUUUCGUGAUCGAUAACUUGGGCCCUUCCGACAGGCUGUCGAUAGUGUCUUUCUCGAGCCGAGCUCGGAGAAUAUUCCAUUUGACCAGAAUGACGGACACCGGCCGCUACGACGCUAAGCUCGCCGUUGAUUCACUCUCGGCUGACGGCGACACCAAUAUAGUCGAGGGGCUGAAGAAGGGAUCGCAGGUUCUUGGAGAACGGCGUUACAAGAAUCCGGUCACGAGCAUCAUAUUCUUGUCCGAUGGAAACGACACUUGCAACGGCGGCGGCGGCUGGUAUUUUCGGACCGCCUUAAAUUCAAGACAGGGUCCACCGGAAUACCUAAACCUAUUGCCGCCCUCUAUUUACCCCGGAAAUAGUGGACCACAAGACAUAGAAACCAUUCCGGUUCAUUCGUUCGGUUUCGGUUCGGACCACGAUCCAAUCACGAUGCACGCGAUUUCCGAUGCGUCGGGCGGUACUUUCUCCUUCAUCGAGUCUUACGAGAUGGUACAAGACGCUUUUGCGAGCUGCAUCGGCGGUCUACUAAGCGUGGUGACUCAGGGGCUCCGUCUCACGCUGAGGUCAGCAUCGCAUGGAGUGGAAAUAAAAUCGGUACCUUCCGGAAGGUACGCGAGCGAGAUCAUAGAUCAAGGAUCGCAAGGCGUAAUCAGCAUUGGCGACCUCUAUGCCGACGAGGAGAAAGAAUUCCUCAUCAACUUAUCGGUCCCCGCACUUCCAAAUUCCGAAGAAACCGAGAGAAAGACGUCGCUCUUGGACAUCGUGUGUUCUUACAGGGACGUCGUCUCGAAAGAGACGGUGGAGAUAGAAAGUGAACUAGUGGAGAUAAAACGUUUAAAGACCGUUUUGCCCUCGGAUAUGACGGUGAAUUUGGAGGUGGAUAGGCAGAGGAACCGGCUGCAUGCGGCGGAGAGCAUUGCGGAGGCUCAAAAGAUGGCGGAAACGGGAGAUCUAUUUGGGGCAAGGACUCUACUGGCGAAGGGUAGAACGGACAUUCUUAGUUCCGCUUCGGCUCAAGCAGGGGAUGUGUUCGGUGCGUGGCUCGGAGAUGAUAUGAUGGAGACUGAGAGACGAAUGGGGAGUGCGCAGCAAUAUCAACACGAGGGACGAGCUUAUGCGCUCUCGGGAAUGAGCUCGCACCGCACACAAAGGGCGACGACGAAAGGGAAAUUGGUUGCCGGAGCGGGGCCCACCGACAACUUUAGCUUCGGCGGUGUUGCGGCUCCUCAAUCGGCUGCUUAUGAUCCUUAUUCGACUCCGAAUAUGGUUAAUAUGGUUUUCAAGUCCCAGCAACUCAACAUAAAGGAUGAUGAUACUAAUACUAAAAAUUAA